AAUGUAUCUUUAUGAGCCCGUUGUUAAAUAUACCUUUACCACAGUUGAAGAAUUCCAAGAAGCCUUCAACUUGUUUGAUAAUCGUGGUGAUGGCAAAAUCCAUGUCAGCCAGGUUGGUGAAUGUUUGCGUGCCUUGGGCCAAAAUCCCACUGAAUCGGAUGUGAAAAAAUGCACCCACCAGUUAAAACCUGAUGAGCGCAUUUCCUUUGAAGUCUUCCUACCCAUUUAUCAGGCCAUUUCAAAGGCCCGUUCUGGUGAUACCGCAGAUGAUUUCAUUGAAGGUUUGCGUCAUUUCGACAAAGAUGCCAGUGGUUUCAUUUCAUGUGCCGAAUUAAGACAUCUACUUACAACAUUGGGUGAGAAACUAACCGAUGAAGAGGUGGAACAGCUGUUGGCCAAUCAAGAAGAUUCCCAGGGCAAUGUAAAUUAUGAGGAAUUUGUACGUUUGGUCAUGAAUGGUUAG